AUGGAUAUUUAAAAGCUGAUUGAAACAAUUUUAGAUGCAGCAAAGACAUAAUAGAAAAAAUAAGAUUUCUAGUUAGUUUAAUAAGUCUUAAAUUUAUCAUAAAAUGAAUGUGAAGAAACAAUUAUCUAAUUAAGAGGAAUAGGAUGUAAAAGUGUAUGUUCUGCUCCACUACCAAAAAAUGUCUUAUUUUACAAAUGUUUUGACUGUAGUAAAGAACCAACACAUGUGUAUUGUUAAGAUUGCUAUGUGCCAGAAAAACAUUUAAGUACUUUAAAUAUAUUAAUUUAAGAUCAUGUUGUGACUUAUAAUUACUCAAAUGGAGGAUGUUGUGAUUGUGGAGAUACAUUGGUUAUGAAGAAAAAGUCUUUUUGUACCAAACAUUCGUAAGCUUAAAUCGAAAAACCUGAUUUUUUAAACAUUCUUGGAGGUAGUAAUUAAUAUAAUCAAAAUAGAAAAUUUAACAGAAAGAUUUAGAUAGUUUAUUAUGGUAUCCUUUGGACUUUUAUUUUAAAGAACAUAGAAAAUACUUGAUUACACUGAUUAAUUAAAUUCUCAGAUUGAAAAGGCGAUUGAAUAACUAUAACCUGAAAAUUCAAUAAAUUUUAUGAAUGAAAAUAUGCCAGAGAUUGAUGAAAAAGAAACAGCUUUGAAGGAAGGGUAUUUAUUGUAUACACUAAUCUUUUAAAUACUUAAAUUCUUGACUUAGGAUAAUAUUACUUGGAGUUAUGCUACAAGCAAGUUUCUAUAAAUUCCAAUAGAUAUUAGAAUAUAAGAAUAUAUUAAAUUAUAUCAUGUUCAUUCUAACAAUUAAUUUGCAAACUUUAAGUUGGAUACGUAAGAAUAAAUUUGUUAAUGCUCAAUAUUAAAUUUAUUCGUCAAACACAAUGUAUUUUUCUCAAGAUUUUUAAAAGAAGAUUCUAAUCGUAUUUCAGAUUUGUUUUAUGAAUUUCAUGUUGAUGAGAAUUUUAAAAAUUAUUUAUGCUAAUAAAUCUUAAAACAAUUUAAUCAUUUAUACAAUCCAAUUUAAGUUUUCAAAUUAAUAACUAUUGAUAAUUAAGAAAUUAAAUUCAAACUAAAUACUACAAAUUAUUCACCUAACUCAAAACUUAAUGAAAUAAUCCAAAAAUUGAUUUAAGAUAAAAGUAUUAAGAAAAUUUAUUGUAAAAAUAAAAUUGAAAGAGCUUCUUUAUUUAAUUAUUUCUUUUAAUUUAUGGGACAUUUAAUUAUAUGUCUUUUGAAUUUAUUUAAAGAAUAUAAGGAUCCAUAAAUUUAUUAAUUGUUUGAUGUUUUCUCAAAUCAAUUACUUUAAUUGUAAAUUAUAAAUUAAUAUAUUUUAGACCACUUUGUAAUUUUCAAACGCAUUAAUUCUGUUCCUAAUUUGAUGAUUUAAUUGUUUAAUAAUUCUAUGAUGAAGUUGUGAAGAAGCUUUUUGAUUAAAUUUUUGAAUUAUUAUCUUUAGAGACUGAACCAUUUAAGUUUGGUUCAUUUAAUCCUAAAAACCCAAAAUUUAGGUUACUUUAAUAACAUUCCUUACUAAUAUAUACCUUAACUAAAAUAUAUCCUUGUCAGUAAAAUUAAACUACAACAUUCCACUUUUUAAAACCAUAAGAAUAUAAUAAAUUCUAUUUUUCAAUAGUUAUAUAAAUUUCUACACUUUAAGGAUAUCGAAAAUUAUUAUCUAUUUUAGUUGAAACUUGGAACGAUGUUUAUAAAUAAAAUAAAGUUGGAUUAUAAAUAUUUUUAGAUUGA